AGCCUGGAUUUCUGGAGGCUGCUCUAUACUCUUCUGAAACAAAUCCAUGGAGGGAAGUGGACCGAGUCUGAUGCCAUAGAUAACCAAAUUAGGUUUGUAAAAUCAGCGUUGUGGUACCAUGGCUAUGGCAGGCCAGAACUCUAUCGACUCCCCUCUGACGGCUCAGCGGGUAGUCGGGAGCUGCUGCUGGCGUUUUCCUGGCUGCUGCACAGACUUGGCCUCUUGGAGCAGCUUUUGGCUUGGAACAGAGUAAAGACUGGGGAUGAAACCUCUGUGUGCACGUGUGAAGAUGAUCUGCCUAACAGCCAGAAAGGUACAACUGAAACAACGCCUGAAUAUGGGCUAGAAGACAGAGUAGAUGUUCGAUACCUUCAGUGGUUAAAUGGGAGGCUGAGGUUCCAGUGGCGGAGUUUGCAUGCUCAGCACCAAGAGCAUUGCAAACUUUUGCACAAGAUCCAUUUAUUCACUAGUGGCUCCCAUAUGGACCAAAUCCUUGGACAUUUUUCUGUCACAGAAACAGAUCUCAUUAGACAACCGGAGAACUACAAGCAGCUGUUACAGCUUCUGGAGUCUGAAACCAUGCAACUAGAAGCCUUUCUGGAGUGGAAGCAACUGGAACCAGUUUAUUGGCACUGGAUGGAAACUGUGUUAGAUAAUAUGGCUGAAGAGGGAAAUGUAUGCGAGUCCUGGGAUGCUCACGUGAAGAAAAACGGGCUGCCAAAGGUGACCUCAGGCUGCCCCUGGGCUGACAGUCAGACUGGGCAAAUUGACAGACUAUCCAGAGAUCUAAUGACUCUCCGUGACCGACUGCAUGAGCUUGUAUCUCACCGAAAGGCUGCAUGGUGUGAGAAG